AUCUAACUGGUGAUUCUAGCUCAGCUACUAAUAUAACAGAAAAACAAAUAAUGUUAUGUAUGAAACAAUUACUUAUUAAUAGAGAUGACAAAGUGGUAGUUGAUUUACGUAAUUUCAAUAAAGGUAGAUCUAAAUGCUAUGCUGAAUUUUGGAA